CCUUGUCCCCCACUCCCAUAUUCCCAAAGUACCCUUCUACAAUGCAAUAUUUGAGUUCCAAGAAACGAGUCCGUUCCGACUCGGACGAGUCAGGAGUCGACUCAGCAGAAGCCAAAAAAAUCCUCCUCGACAUUCUCGACGAGUCAGACGUGUGCAUGGUGAGUCAAGACCUUGACUCGUUCAUGAAAAGCUUCCAAGACGAAAUUUCUCCGGCACCGGAAGUUGUCACCGGAAAAACAACCGAGUCAAAUCAGUUAACCGAGUCAACCGAGUUAACCGAGUCACGGGUAGAACUUGGGUUUCUGUUGGAGGCGUCGGAUGACGAACUGGGUCUACCACCGACUGAGUCGAACAGGACGAGUGAGUUGGCUGACACGGUUCAACUCGGUGAGUUAUGGGGGUUAGAUGACCAGAUAUCAAGCUAUGGGUUGAACUCGUUUGAGUAUGAAUUUGGGUAUGAAGAUGUGAAUAUUAGUGAAUAUAAUAACGGUGAAUACGUGGCGUUAGAUGGACUGUUCGAUCAUACAGAUGUAGGGUUUGGAUCGUCGGAUCUGUCGUGGCAGCCGGAGACUUUGCCGGCUCAGUGACGGAAGUUCGAUGUUUUAGUUAACUCCGUUAGCAUAUUGUAACGUUCUUUUAUUUGUUUUUAGUUUUAAACAAAAGUGGAUGUUAGAAAAAUAUAUAAAUACUCCGAACUAGAAAUUCCAGCCACUUUAUAGUUUA